CCAGGCACCCGGAUGAACGUCCACAGCGGUGCGAAGAGAGUACCCCGAGCCACGAACCCUGACCAUGGCAAUGACCCUGGGUUACUGGGACAUCCGCGGGCUGGCUCACGCCAUCCGCCUGCUCCUGGAGUACACAGACUCAAACUAUGAGGAGAAGAAGUACCCGAUGGGGGACGCUCCCAACUAUGACAGAAGCCAGUGGCUGAAUGAAAAAUCCAAGCUGGACCUGGACUUCCCCAAUCUGCCCUACUUAAUUGAUGGGGCUCACAAGCUCACCCAGAGCAACGCCAUCCUUCGCUACAUUGCUCGCAAGCACAACAUGUGUGGGGAGACAGAGGAAGAGAAGAUUCGCGUGGACGUAUUGGAGAACCAGGUUAUGGAUGUCCGCUUGUGCAUGGCCAUGAUCUGCUACAGCUCUGACUUUGAGAAACUAAAGCCUGAUUACUUGAAGGAGAUCCCUAAAACGAUGAAGCUCUUCUCAGAUUUCCUGGGGAAGAGGCCCUGGUUUGCAGGGGACAAGCUCACCUAUGUGGAUUUCCUGGCUUACGACGUCCUUGACAUGCACCGCAUAUUUGAGCCCAAGUGCCUGGAUGAAUUCCCAAACCUGAAAGACUUCAUUUCCCGUUUUGAGGGCUUGAAGAAGAUCUCUGCCUACAUGAAGUCCAGUCGCUUCCUCCCAGGCCCUCUGUUUCUAAAGACUGCCGUGUGGGGCAACAAGUACUGCCCUGUAACCAGGAGACAGGAGUGAGGAGCCAUUGCCCUAGAGACCAGGUGGACCUCCCUGUGCACAGAACCAUCUGUCUUUUUCUUUCUCCUUCUUUUCACACUAGAUGCCAUCUUAGCCCCCUUUGUCUCCCUCCCAACCCCCUUUUCAUCCAUCCUUUAUUCAGUUCCCCACUUCUCUUCAGCAAAGUUCCUCCCCCACCCCACAUUAUCCCUCCUGCACUAAAGCCAACCAGACUAUCCUUCCCUUCCAUGGUUGCUUCUGCUGUGAGGAGCCCAACCAGACCCCUGGCCCAUAGAGCUCUGCUCUGAGCUCCCAUCACUGCCCUGAAGAUCAGAAUUGGCCUGGUGUACAGGCCCUGCUUCCCAGUGUGGUUCCUGCCCAGCCCUGUCUGAUCCCCAGUAAAGCCUUAAUGAUACCUGCUGUGUCUUGUCUUAUUCCCUCCUGGCUUCCUGGAGUCACGACUGACUGUUGGGUGUGUGUGGGUGUCCAUUUUUCCUUCUGUUGUCCACUGCAGAGGCUCCGUGGAUGGGCCUGCACGUGUGUGUGUGGUGGCGGGUUGGGGACAGGUGGGAUUAUACUAUUGCUUGCUCCUUUCUAUCGCUACUUCAUGUACCUCUGUUCCUUAGCAUGGGGUCUCUACAGAAGGGGGGCCCUUCUGUGCCUGGUUCCCUCCUUAAUUCAGCAUUCAUGGGAUGCCUCCUGUCAGCUUGUGGUACUCUGUGUCAUGGUUCAGGGGGCUCUUGGGUGCUGGGGAAGGGAUUUGAAUAGUCUACUGAUAGUGUGGGAUCCUGGUGACCUACCUUCUGUCACCCUUUCCUGGAGGCUUUCCCUGCUUUAGAUACCCUUCAUCUGUGUUCUUAUAACACCUCAAUAAAACA